AUGGAGGUCCAAACGGCGAACAAGAAAGGGGAGUACAUAGACCAUUUGCUUGGGGAGUUUGUUUACAACAGGGGGAAGCUAAAGAGGAAGGACAUAAUGAAUAGAAUGGAAUACUACAUAGGAAUAUUAACAAAUAUAAAUUUGAAAAUUGUUCACAAUAAGAAUUAUCAAGUGGUGCAUCUAGUUUUGGAGGUUCUGUUGACAAAUGAGGUGCAUGUAGAACCCAUGAUUUUGGACAAGAUUUUGGCUUGCUUGAACUUGAAGCAGAUUCUGCAGAAAAAUGACAAAGUGAAAAUUAAAAAUGUUAGUAACAUGUUGCUCCUAAUUAAUCGAAAGAGCAAGAACAACCUGAACGCAACUAAUUUGUUUAAUCUGCUCUUCGAGGCCGUCGCCCUGCUGCUGGAGGCCUUUUGUGAAGAGGACAUUUACAGCGUCGCCCGCCGGGUGGAUUAUACGCUCGGAGGGGGGGACCAGCAGCAGCAACAGCAGGAACAGCGGCAGCAGGAUGACGACGACGACGAUGACGACGACGACGAUGAAGAGGACGACGAUGAAGAAGAGGAGGCCGAUUACGAGGACGAGACAGACGACACAAUUGACGAACCUCUCACCACCCCGCAGCAAACCCGAAAGCGCAAACGCGCAAACGGGCUUCGAACCUCCACAACAGGCGAAUCCAGCCAAUCGAGCAGUGAACCCAAUGAUAGUGACACCUCCAAUCAUGCGACGCAUUCCCUGAAGAAGCUAAAAAAAGAGGACGGGUCUGAGUGCUGGACUCAGUUCCCCACUAACAAGUACCACAACGUAGCGCGCAUAAACGAUUACGUGGUGUACAUCAACAGUCUGUUCAACCUCUACUUCAAGAAUUACAAACCCAUGUUGAACGAUGUUAAGAUAUACGCAUUUUAUUGUAACCUAUUCGGGUUGUUUGCCUACGUGUAUGAUUACAUAGGGUACGUGGAAGAAUUAGCACAGAGGUGUCACACGAAUGAAGAGGAAGAGAGUUUUACUAGCAGCUUCGAAUCGGUCGUGAAAAAUCUGUCCACUCUGAAGGGUCUUAUUAAGAAACAGAUUAUAAUAAGUGUAGAAAACCUAAGCAAAGGAUAUUUUAAAAGUGUGUAUACAUCCUACAUGGAAAGCAAAGAAGAGUUAAAAGUGAAUUACUCAUUUUUCCUGUUCAAGGAAAAUGAAAAAAUGUUAGAAAUUAUGUACAUAAUAAUAAAUAAUGUGUCAAAUGAAAACCCGAGCUUCCGAUUCGAUCCUCAUGGAGGAGACAAGUUGAUCUGCCCCUCUGCCAAUCUUCAUAAAAGUAAAAGAGAUAAACUUAUUUACUUCUUUAAGGAUAAUUAUCAUUGUAAUGAAAAGCAUCCCUUUUUAGGGGUUCAUAAAAUUAGAGGGUGUUUGAAAGCGUUGGCUACUAUAAUGAAAUGUGUCUUUAUAAAACACCCCAGUGCGAACUUGGCACAUGUACAGACUUACUUUACCCUUUUUUUAUUAAUACCUCAUUUUGAAUUAACCAUGUAUGGUAAGAACGUUAAAAGGGAGUACGCUAAACUGUUUACCUUUUCUACCACCACAAAAGAGAAUAAUUUAUCUCGUGUUAAUUGCUCCAUGCAAGACUCAGACGCAGAGACACCAAUUGAUGUGAAGUGUUCUGGUGAAUCAAAACUGACGAUUCAUAAAAAUGCCGCUGCCUACUUCAAAUCUGUACACAUUAAAAUCGCACAUUCAGUGUGUCGCUUUGAAGAAGAACUCAACCUCAAUGAUGAUCAACAGACCCACAACAAUGUAUACAUUCUAAUAGAUUACUCAAAAUUAAUUUAUAAAUUUUUGAAUUACCUAAAUGGAAAAAGGAAUAUAACAAAAGACACAUUUCUCUUUGUUAAUAUGACCUACUUUAUAAAGUACAUAUUUGACUGCUUAACGAAUGCUUAUUUUGAAUUAAUGAGGACAAAAACGAAGAGUGCUUUGAGGGAGUGCAUUGCGGAAGGACCAUAUUCUUCUUCUCUUCUUCACCCCUCACAGAGCUUCCUACGAGAAAGAAUGUACAUCCGUGGAAAACCCCACCUGUUACUGUACGAUGAGACAUUUAAGAAUAUAUUUUCUACCUACCCCCGUGGAAAAAUUCCCCACUCAGAUAUGAACACAUUAGAACAAGGCGACAGGGAAAGUGAUGGUGCAGAAUUACGAGUCGAUGUAGCCAAACAGAAAAAAAAAAAAAAAAAAAAAUUAAUGAUUUAUUUAAACUACCUAAUAUACGUUAACCAAAUGAACCUCAUGACAGUAAUCCAUUUUGACGUCACCCUCAGGACUUUGGUAUUCUCCACGUUAUUCAAUUUCGCAAAGGGGGUCAGCCACCAGCACGGCCACAGCCACACGGGUAAUUUGAACAUUCUCAGUGGUUAUGAAGCUACGUCUCGUCAAGCUACAUCCCGUCACGCCCACGCCUUCCCCAGCCACAUCCUCACCACGGUGAUGACAAAGUACGUGCACAUAUUUGGGGUGAAGGGGCUGUUUAAAUUUCUUCACUACUACAUCGUGGGAAAUGUGAAUGCACCACAGGACCAGCCCAUGAGGAGCAUUUAUUUUUUGUUGAACUGCGUUGUAAUGGACGUGUUUAAAAGGAGUGUGAGUAAGUGGGUUGACCAGGCCUCCACCAUCUUAGGGUACUUCAUCGAGGUGUACACUUACCAUGUGUGCAAGCUUGGCGAAGCGUUAGAAGCUAUAUUACACUUAAGAGGGGAAGGGAGUGGUGGGGCGGAUGGCCGUAACAUUGUGCUUAGCACUUGUCAACCCCAACACGUGGAGAACUCCUUUUCCAGGUGCAACCCCGUGGUCAGCUACCCACUGAUUGUUCAAAACGUAGAAGCGUUAGAAUACAUCUUGUGCUGUUUCUUAAAAGCAAUUCCAAAGAAGAACAUAACCCAAGGGUUACUGCCUCACAUGAAAGAAAUUGCAUGUGUACAUUUGACCAAGCUGAAGAAUGAAGUGAUUUUUAAUGAAAAAUUAGCGAAAGGCAAUGUGGACAAUACGAAGUUUGCGCACGCCUCCUGCAAAUUUUAUGUACUUUAUUUUUUCAACUAUAGUUUAUCUCGAGUGGCUAUGUAUUCCCUGCUCCAUAUGGAAAUACAAAACGACCAGCUGCUUUGUCAUGCUUCCAUUCAGCACAUGGUUGCCAUGCUACAGACUUCUUUCCCCACCAUUGAACCCAUGUAUGAAGUCUGUAUUAAGGAGGACUCCUUGCAUACCUUCUUCGCCAUCCUGCAGUUGAUUCUUCAGACUCUUUUUUUCUUCGUCUCCCUGGCGGAGCUGCGCGUCAUAGACCUGGACCGCCUGGCCGAGCACCUCAAUCAAGUACUCCGCGUUCUGAAGAAAAACGCCCUGGCGGAGUACCCCUACCCAGUGAAAAAAAAAAUUUGCAGGCAGAUCGCCAAAUUCUUCAUUUACAACCACGCAUUUCUAGUGGCCACCUUCAGAGGAAGAGAACAAACCAUAGAAGCCAUAUACCAAGAGUUCACAAAAUUACUCUUCGUUGACAUUGCUAUACUGAAGAAUGAACAGAAUUACGAAUUCCUGUUCGAUUAUUUUUUCAUUAUAAGGGAAAAUAAAAUGGCUUGUGAGUUAUUGAAGGAGUUGUUUUCGUUACACUUCAUUUUGAUUUUGGGUAAUAUGGAAAAGGGUUCGUUUGAGGCCAAGUUGCAAGGAAGAGGGAACGGUGCGCAUGACGAAUGGGACAUGCGUCCAGGAGAGGAAGCCUUUUUGUCUAGCCGCGCACGUGCACUGGUUAGAAGGAACAGAACCCUCUCAAGUGAAAACCACAAGUGGUAUGAAAUGCUCAACGUGAAAAGGAAAUUAGGAUCCAUAAAUGGGAGCAACGCGUGUAGAGGCCCAUUCCACCAAUUUGAAGAAAGCAAAAUGAUGAGUGUCUUCUCUGGUAGAAGGAAAAAUAACCAGCUGGUUGUGUCCCGACUUAGAAGUAAAUUCAACAGGGAGGACGCGGACACCCCAAAUGUGGAUGUGUGCAUUUUAAGUAACAUCUUUCCCUUCUUCAAUGGAAUAGACAAAGUACAAGACAAUCUGUACAUUCUCUUGUGCAAAAUUUGUAGCAGCUUCUCCAACUACAAUAUAUACUCUGAGCAUAUAUUGAUUAACAUUUUAAUAUCCUUUUGUGAAAACCUCGGUGGGAAGGACAGCCCGAAGCUGCGUCUCAGUGACUUGUUCCAUUUUCUAAAGUUAUCCUUCCAACUGAUUCAGAAGCAGAAGGAGUACUGGACCUGUGGCGCCUUUAAAACAAACAAAAACGUCCUUGUCUUGAAGCUCCUCUUCCACAUCUUCUUCCUCUACAUCAACCAGUGGGCUGCCGACGCGACCUCAAAGGGGGGUAUCAACAAGAAUGAGCAAGGGGAAGAUACCGCCACAGACAUGCAAAAAAUUGCGAUUGAGUCAUCCCCAGGACGUAGGAGGAAGAAAAAACCAGGAGCAUCUUCCUCGCAGGGGAAGGCCAGAAAGGUAAAAAUCUGCUUCGUCUUUUUUAUUAAGUACUUUCUGCUCAUGUAUGAAUUGGUCAUGUCCAGGGGGGAACAGGAAGAAGAAGGAGCCACCGCGACCCUAACCGAGGACCACGUGGCGUACUUGACGAGUCAUAUACGUGGGGGGGGCAGUCGAGGAGUUAGCAGUGAGGAAGUGCACACUGGGCUGACGCAUGGAGAAGGAACGAACGACAUAUGCACGAUGCUGAGUAAACUGAAACAUUUCAUUCAAACACUUUUAAGCAGCGGAGGCGAUGCUACUAGUUGUGACCGAACGAAUGGCAUCACUAAUGCAGGAAGCCACGCGGCUACUACCCCCCGCAUGAACGCACUCUUCCUUGAUAUGAUCGAACAUGUGUUUGUGUCCUUCCUGCUGAGGCACAACUUCUGGGAGGAGUCCAGCAGCGCAGCAGUCAUACAGGUGGUGGAUGCGCUCAGGGGACUUCAAGUGGAGCAGGUGCUCAGCACAGCCAAUGAAAAGUACUCGACCUUUGCCUAUAGCAUCCUCGCGUUGAAGAUUUUUAACGUGGCUAAUAAAAGUGGUGCAAGAAAUACUUCCAUUCGCAUCAGUGCUGAUGGGGGGAAGCAUGAGGUGAAGGAUGAGGAGGGGGAGAAGUUAAUGGGGGUGACCCCCGCGGAAAAACAAAAGAAGAAACGAAGAAAAAGUUCCAGGAGGAAAGAUGACAUGGCUAUGGAUGAAGAAAGUCUGCUUCUCUUUUUUAAACUCUUCCUACCACCUAAUCAGCGCAACGACAUACAUUAUAACAACAGCGAGUCAAGUACCCCAUGGCAGGGAGGAGUAAAACCCACUUCCCUCCAACUGUACGAUUUUCUGUAUCAUUACAAUAGGGUAUUGGUGCAGUGUCCAGAUGAGCACUCGGUCCAUAUUUGUAUAAAGUUUCAGCACGUGAUUAAAAACAUUUGUACCUUGUUCAGCUACUCCUCCGAUGACGUAAAGAAUGUUUUGACGUACGUUCAAGAAAAGGUACAGACAGGGUACUCAGGAGCUGAAGCAGAAAAUUGCCUGUACCAUUUUAACAUGCACAUUAUAACAUUAAUUUUUGUCAUUUCGCACAAUAAAGAAUUUUGCUCAGACAUAAUUCUUCAGAGUAGGAGACCAACGGACUCUUCUUCCUUCAUCAGUUUGUAUCUCCUUCUCAUGCGGCAUGUGCAGAAAUACUUGGACGACAAUGAGGUGGUCAUGAAGAGAAGCUCCUCCGUCCUCUUCUUACUCAUUCACCUCAUCUACAAGCUGUCGCAGCUGUUUGUGUUUUUCUUCGUGCGCCUCAAGGCGCAAACGCGGGACGGAAGCUACUCCAACCUCCUGGGAUUCGUAAGCAACUACUGCAGUUUGCUGAUCAAAGCGAUGGACUUACUGAAAAAUCGCAUACGAAGCAGCAACGACGGUGCUGUGCCAAGCCCGGGAAAAGAUUUCAUAACGCAUUUUUACAUCCUAAAUAACUGUGGCCUGUUCGAGCGAAAGAAGUUUUACCUGUACCUGCUCAGCCAUCAGCUCUUCGUGCUGUUAUACGAGUUCUUCAAUAUACAGAAAAACGAACUUGUGGUGAAGUCUAAAAGAACGCUAAUAGAAGUGGCCAAGAAGGGAGGAUACGCCAUCAACUUUUUCUGUUCCUACCUGGACUCCAUUUUGUACCUCGACAGCAGAAUGAACAAACUGCUCCUCAGGAACGCCAACUUCCUCGUCACCUUCCUACGAAGCAACAAGGGCAGCCUCAACUUGCCCCCAAUAGCUUUCCCCAUUGUAAUAAAAAUUGUGGACAUGUAUGAAUUCAUUUCGAAGACGAAUUCCAUGGGAGAGGACGAAUACGAAGAGAAAAAAUUUCUCAAAGGCAUUUUUCAGAUCACCUUGUCCCUACUAGAAAAUAGCUCCAUUCAGUUUUGUUACACAUCUCUAACAGAUCGGAAGAGGGAAAUCUUUAACGCCCUAUCCGGGUAG